AAAGCACACAACAUCCUCCGACAGACAGCUGUACAAAAACCCUCCGCCAUGAUGUUAAGCUGCAUACUGUAGCUGCACAGCCGACACGAACGAAUUAACUACAGCUUAGUUACAUUUGAGACACACAUUUGACUUCAGGAGUUGGUAUGCAAUUGGAGGUUACACAGUGGUCUAGUGAUGCCCAAGGAGAAAUAUGACCCGCCUGAUGUCAGGCGGAUGUACACUAUCAUGUCCAUUGAGGAUGCAAACAGUGGGAAAAAAUCCAACUGGGAUGGACUUGAAAUAACUGGUAAUGUUCGGAGUCUCAGCUCAGCCCUUUGGUCGCUCACUCACCUCACCUCUCUGCACCUAAAUGACAAUUGCCUUUCACGCAUCCCACCAGACAUUGCCAAGCUGCACAACCUUAUGUUCCUGGACUUGUCCUCUAAUAAGAUCAGGAGCCUGCCAGCAGAGCUUGGCAACAUGGUGUCUCUCAGGGAACUGCAUUUAAAUAACAACCAGCUGCGGGUCCUGCCUUACGAAUUGGGCAAACUGUUUCAAUUACAAACACUGGGCUUGAAAGGCAAUCCACUCAGUCAAGAAAUCAUGAGCCUCUAUCACGAGCCAGAUGGCACCCGCCGACUGCUGAACUAUCUUUUGGACAAUCUCUCUGGUGCUAUCAAGCGCAUCUCAACAGAACAACCUCCGUCCAGAUCCUGGAUUGUGCUGCAGGAGCAUGAUAGAACGAGGCCAACAGCCCUAAUAACUGUAAUGUGCUACAACAUGCUCUGUGAUAAGUACGCCACGCGCCAGCUCUACGGCUACUGCCCGUCCUGGGCCCUUAACUGGAGCUACAGGAAAAAGGCAAUCAUGCAGGAGAUCCUCGGCUGCAAUGCAGACAUCAUCAGCUUACAGGAAGUGGAGACGGAGCAGUAUUACAACUACUUCCUGGUGGAGUUGAGUAAACAGGGAUACGAUGGAUUCUUCAGCCCCAAAUCGCGAGCCAGAACCAUGUCGGAAUCCGACAGAAAACAUGUUGAUGGAUGUGCUAUAUUCUUCAAGACAGAAAUGUUCAGCAUUGUGCAGAAACAUACAGUAGAGUUUAACCAGCUGGCUAUGGCCAACUCUGAGGGCUCGGAGGCAAUGCUCAAUCGAGUCAUGACCAAGGAUAACAUUGGGGUUGCUGUGUUGUUGGAGCUAAAGCAGGAGUUACUAGAGAUGUCAUCUGGUAAAUCCCUCCAGGAGAAACAGCUCCUACUAGUGGCGAAUGCUCACAUGCACUGGGACCCAGAAUAUUCUGAUGUGAAGCUGGUGCAGACCAUGAUGUUCAUGUCGGAGGUAAAGAAUAUAAUAGACAAGGCAUCUCGCAACCUGAAGCUCUCCGGAGAAACCAGCUCCAUCCCUCUGGUGCUGUGUGCUGAUCUCAAUUCACUUCCUGACUCGGGUGUUUUGGAGUACCUGAGCACUGGUGGAGUGGAAUGCACACAUAAAGACUUCAGAGAACUGCGCUACAUUGACAGCCUGACCAACUUCAACUGCAAUGGCAAGAACGGCACGUCCAGCGGACGCAUCACACAUGGUUUCAAGCUGAAGAGUGCCUACGAGAACGGGCUCAUGCCUCACACCAAUUACACUUCAGAUUUUAAGGGUAUCAUUGACUACAUCUUCUACUCCAGGCCAGAGCUCAGCGUGCUGGGCGUCCUGGGGCCCUUGGACAAAACCUGGUUCAUGGAGAACAAUAUACGUGGUUGCCCACACCCUCAUGUUCCCUCCGAUCACUUCUCCCUGUUUGCACAACUGGAGUUGGCCCUGCCUUAUCUUCCCUCUCUCAAUGGAGUCCACUUACCUGGACGCAGGUAGUGAGUCCCCCCAGCCAGUCGUGGCACCGCAGAAGUUUUUCUGAAAACAUACUGAAAACGAUAAAACCUCCAAGCGAUUUUUAUAUAUAUAUAUUUUUUGUUUCUCUCUUCAAUCUUUAUUCAUUUUUAGGGUCCAAAACAUCUUUGUAUUUUGUCAGGAAGUUUUUUAAGAUAUGAUUUCAUUUUUUAAUUGUCCCAGUCAUGGAUUUUUGUUGAAUCACUCCCUCCCAUUGGCUUGAUUUUAUAUAUUUAUGUAAACAUGAGGGUAACAUACUUGGUCAUACACUCAAAUGGAUUACAUGUUAUUAAGUGUCGUUUAUGGCCAGUUAAAGAUUCUUGUUACGCAUUCACUUUUCCCUGAAAUGACUUCUAUGCACACAAUAUUUUCUGUAUGCAGUUAGGUGCAUUUUAAAUUCAAAAGCAUGUUUGCUCAGCUUUAAAAUGAAAACCUUUUGUUUUUAGUUGUACUUCAUUGCAUAUACACAGGCAAAACUUUCAUUUGAAUGAGUGACCAAUGUGUUGUGCAGACCAAACUCGAUAGUGAAUCCCCAGCGGUGUAGAAUUGUGGAACACCGUCCUUGUGUGGUGCUGUAACUUGCUUUACAUUGGUGCUGCGUCUAAGUUUUAUUCUCCCAUCAAUGGUGCAAUAUUCAGAACGGACUAAAGCUAAGCCAGGGCACUGUUGUGGAAUGUUUUUUAAAAAGCUUAGGUAUCGUAAAAAAGCAUUUAUACGUCUUUCUCUCUCUGUCUGCGUUAAGGUGGGCGUUUGAAAGAUGUAAGCUUAAUCGCUCAAAAUGUAAACCAAAUUUUAGAACGACUUAAUUUUGCGGCGCUGCUUUUUUUCACACAAUUGUUUUAACCCUUUGUACAGAGACAGGCUCUCUUUGGUUCUUAGUUUGACAGGCCGUGUGAAUUAUUUAAUCUUCACUUGAUCUCACUGUGGAAUCUCUCCAGUUUUGAUUAUAGAUGGGAGGGGGCUUUAUUUCUUUUAGAUGGGCAGAUUUGAUAGAAAAACAGAGUCUUUUAAACCAGCGAUUUCUCACUGUAUUGGUAUCUCCUGUUUUUUCAUCACACACACACACACACAUGCUUGAAAGAUCUGUAGCACUGUUCUCGAGGCUAGUAUUGUUCUGUGCUUGCUGUAAAUCCCCCUUAUAUUGUAUCGGAGCAAAGGGGUCCUCGCAGGUCUUUGUACAAAUUUAAUCAAAUAUAUAAACUGACAUAUUUAGGCUUGACUUGAUUGUAUAUGAGCCACAUGCAAGAACCUUUUUUAAAUGUUGUUUUGUACUGCGAAUAAAUUAUGAUCCAAAUUAAAAAUACGAUUGUCUUAUAAGCUACGUUUUUAUCGAAGUGAAUCAAAUUUACCAGCUUGUGGAAAAGACAAAGAGGUUGUUCCUGUUCUCCCUGCCAUGCCUUUGCACUCAUUUCUCUUUUUGCACUUUUUUUUACUAUAUUCAAUCUUUUUGUAACUUUCUGAGCACAUUCUUUGGUAUAUUCUUACCGUAGAAUUGCAGUUUGCCCGGUCAUCCGUCUCAUGCUGUUUUGAAGUUUCACAUAAUUGUGAAUUUUUUUCCAUCUAUAUGUCAGUAAAACUUUGUAAUUUCAUUACAUACAGAGCUUGAUAUCAUGCAUCUGUGUUUUGCACUCAAGUGAGAAAAUCUACAACCUCUUGUCAUUUAAAGAAUCUUAAUGUCAUUGUGGUGGACGCUUUCUUUGGGAUUUAGUUAAGGUGAUUCUUCAUUUUAUGCUGUUCAAGAAAUCAGGUAAAGGACAACAUUUUUCGCUUUAAAGUAUUUUGAUUUGCAUGUCAAACUAGAUUUUUUUUUUUUUAAUACCACACCAAACAUUUUAAGUUCCAAUUUAGGUUGUAUAAUCUAAAAUGCUUUAUUACUCCUCUAUGUCUGCCCAUAAUUUCCCCUAUAUAGCCAUAAUCUUUUAUGUGUAGAGCCGGCGUGAUGCAUUCUGCUGUGAACCCAAUUGUAAAAGACUUUCAUCCUUUGGUUCCUUUUAAUUAGAUUAUGUGGAAAGGUGGAUGUUUAAUUUAUUUAAACACUCUUUCCAUAAUAUUAAUUAUAAGCCUUCGGACCAAAAUAUAACCUUUACAACUGUAAAUGAUACCUGGUCUACUUGUGUUGAGGUGUUUUAGGGCUUGAUUGUAUUUUGGUUGUCCAUCCCAAGCUUAAAAUGUCAUAAAUCUGUUUAUUUUAACUAUGCAGCAUUACUGAAUUCAUGUCUUUGUUUAAGCAGUAAGGACCAGAACAGUUUGUUAUAUUGGCCCCUUCAAAAUAUUACUUUUUUUUGUUUUACCAUAAAUUGUUAAUAGUAUUAUAGUAGAAUUGAAAUUAGUUUUUUGUAAAGUGUGAAUAAAAUGUGUAAUGCAUAUUUUCAUUUCUACAAAACAUGAAUUGUGGUCUGUAUGUGUAUAUAAUGAAUUCUCUUGCUUUAUUGAUGUUUUCUUUUUAUGAUUUGUUAUUUUUUAAAAUUAACAUGUUUCCUUAAACAAAUGAUUCUCAGAUUGCAGCCGGUUCCAUCACCACAGACUUACUGCGAAAUCUUGUUUUACUAGUAAACAGGUGUUGUGGUGUAAAGACAGGAUAGAUUUGGGAUUGAAGUAAUCUAUAUAAUGAAGUAAUUAACCUGAUAUCAGUGCAUUUCAAUCAGUAAUACGUGGGGUACCCUUCUAGUUCCCUGAUUAUUGUUUACAGCAGUUCAUUCGGUUUAGUUUUUGCCCCUUAUUCUCUUAGACUGAGAUUGUAAAUGGUAAAAUGCAUACUUGAUGUUAAAUAACUUGUAUCCCAGAGUUAUGUGCAGAGUUAAGUUUUUUUUGUAGGUUAAUUCAUCCACUUGCUUUCUAAACUUUUCUGUGAGUCUUUUAUUUAGGGCGGCACUUUUUGCAUGUGCACUAAUAGCAGAUAGGUGAGGAUUGUCUGUGACUGUAGUGGCACAGAAAUUGCGCACUUCAUCUUGAGAUAGAAACAUUUCAGUAGUUCACAAACAUCAAUGUGUAAUUUAUUAAUAAUCUGUGCAGUUAAUGGAUAAGUGUUUUUCACCCAUCCUCACUUUUCUUUAAAAAAAUUCUCGCUUGACCCUUUAUAAUGAAACUUAACUUUUUCUACAGCCUUCAUUUUUGAUAUAAAUAACCCUGCUGCAAUAAAACUAGAUUAGCUAAACAAAAGCUUUCAUAGGCCAACAACAUUAUGUAGUAGUUUCUCUGUACUAACACAUACAGUGUAAAUAUUGCAACAUUAUGUAAUACAUGGGAUCAACUCUUGUUUACCAUUCAACAUAAUGCCAGCAGUGAUAAACAACAAGCAUUAAAAAACAUUUUACAGUAGUCCGUGAAUGUUCAAUCUGUGAUAAAAUAAACUAAAUAGGCAGCUCUUUUAAAGAAGUUGUCUCUGUAAAACAAAUGGUAAACAACUAUUUUCUGCCUGUUCUCUGUAUUCUUAGUUCUCUGUACAUAGUUUCCUUAACACUAAUGUAUUUUCCUAUCUAUGGUUGAUAAUAAAUUCUUUCUGCUUCUGA